AUGGUCGUCGCCGACGUCUUUGCCGGGGCUAUGGCAGCAAGGCAAUUAGCUGGGAGCGAUCGCAUGGCGCGCCGGACCGCGGCGGUAGCGGACUUCGGGCAUGGUGGAGACUUUUCGCCGGCCCCGACACCCGGCCCCGCACUUUUUGGCCGAGCCCCGGAGCUGGCCGCCCGAUCGCUCGAGCCCGACACUUGCGGCAUCGUCACCAUGAGCUCAAACGGCAGGACGGCGUUGACGAUGAUCGCCGCCACCGCCGAGUCUGCGUUUUUCGGCAGCGGCGGUACGGUGACGCAAACCGAUCCAGUGCCAACCGACUCAUCACCGGCUGAGACGGGCUCGUCUUCAGGAGGCGGCUCCUCCAACAACACGGGCGCGAUAGUGGGAGGUUUUGUCGGCGGUGUUGCUGUGGUGGCCAUCGCGGCUUGCGUCAUCGUCUGGAUGCUCGUCCGGCGGAGGCGGGGAGCGAAGAAGGAGACACCUCCGGCGUCAACCCCGGGCCAGGACUCUUAUAUGACUGGCCAGCCGUACGUCCCUUCUUUGACGCCACAACAACAUUACGCGGGAAACGAGGAACAGUACAAGUACCAGUCCGUGCCGCCUGGCGUUUCGCCGCCCCCGGUGAUCCACGAGGCACCGGCGGACUCACAUCCCCCACCUCAGACAUUCCGGGCUGAGCUGGAAGACAGGCCGAGUGAUAGAGUUUAA